AUGACUGACACAUCAUUUUUGGACAAUGUUUUGUUCGAAGUAAUUAAUCUCAAGGACACUUCCCCUCGUCAGCUAAUCAAAUUGGACAUCUCACCAGAUAGAGACGGAGCAAACAGCGCCGCCCUCUCUAAUGCUAUUUCAGACAUGUUGACUUCAACGUUCUGCCUAGUCAUCUUGCUGGUCAAUUUUGCAUUGGGCGACCCUGAACUGUUGGGUUCUCGUGUGAUUACUCAACCGAUUGGAAAAUCUAGCCCUCCCAUGUAUUUCCUGUACAAUGUUGGGUCGCCACAAGGCACCUUAAGAUCUUCAGGCGGUAAAGUGGGCUUUGUUAUUGCUAAUGGCGCUUGUAAAUUAACCGAUGGAACAGUAAUCGGCUCCCCAUGCUUCAGAGAUAACGCCAAGUCGCAAGUUACCCUGUAUGAUGUGGGUUUGUUCUACGAAAUAAUUCUGGUAUCAAGGACAGUAAUCUACACCGUCUUCUUCGUGCCAUUCUGCGAUUUUGCAAAAUAUCAGAGGGGAAGGAUUCUGAUCAAAUAUUCGUGGCCCCUUUCGCGGUUUCGAAAAAAUAAAACAACCGUAUACGUGGAGUUCGGCUUGAGAGAAGAUGCCUUACCUUUGAGCGCGCAAAUAAUUUACGACAGUCAAAUCGUGUGUUUGUGGAAGAACGGUAACCUCGCAAUAUCCAAUUUUGAUAAUUGUUCUUGGGAGACUAAUUACUCUGAAGGUUGUAAGAUCUUUCGUGGCCACUUCCAUCGUUUGCGCAACAUCGAAUUCAGCUCCAUCGCACUUGAGACAGGAAAUGAACUACUGGCGGUCUCCGUCGACUGGACGCGGGAAGUCAGUGGCAAUGCUGUGUUGGUGGUGUAA